AUGUUCAAAAGACAUAAAUUGACCUCGUCGCUUGGUUUGCUGAGGAAAAAUGAAGAUUUGAGUGCCUCAAGCGGGAGGUCAGGCUCAUCGCCAGCAGGCGAUAACUCUAUUUCGUCACCACCUCCAUCGUCAUCUUUAUUUUCUUCUUCUUCCCCAUCGAACUCAGAGUCUCUUGGGAGAAGAGCUGGACAUGAGUCAAACGUACUUGAGGAUAAUUGCCGUCAAAUUGGUAGUGGCACUUUACAGGGACAGCUAGGAAGUCUGAUUGAUAUUGCUGCUGCUGCUACUGCUGAAGAUCAAUAUUCCACGGUUUUAUCGGAAACAGAUACCUUGAUUCCUAAAUAUAGCGAUAGCUAUGAGCUCCAGCCCAGAUUUGUUGAUAAUUUUGCAUUUUACUUACCGUUCAUUAUACGUCAGUGGCUUCUUACUGAAGUGGCUAGAAGAGAAGAACAAAGUAGGUCUAGAAGAGAAGAACAAAGUAGGUCUAGAAGAGGUGCUUCUGUCUCAAGAGAAGUUGCUGUUGCACAAUUUUUCCCCUUCCACGAUUCAUAUAAUAUCGAUAACGUUGACGAUGGAGAUGUAGCUACCAUAUUUAACGAGGAGUAUAUUCCUUUGGAGCAGCAAGCUAUCGAACACGAUAAAAUAAUGGAUAAGAAAUUAACUGCUUUUAAUUAUAAGAGACUGUUGGUGAUUGUGAAUGGUAUGUCGUUGAAGUCGAAUACUUUUAUAUUUCCAACAUCGGAAUCAUUUGAGUUGUUCAAGAAACUCAGGGGGAAAGUUAUAUCUUCAGUUGACUCUAGCAUCAAAAAGCUGGCAUUGCCAUUGUUUAAAAUGAGUGUUCCUUACUUUUCUACUUUUCGAAAGGAUUCACCAUUUAUAACGUUUAGGAAAUACCGCGAGAUUCCACCAUCUUUACAAGGAGACAGGCUGCAAACAAACGCAAACAUCAAUAUUGCCACAGCUAAUCAUCAACCAACUGAGGAAUUUGAAUUAUAUGAUUAUUGUCAUAUUCAUUCAAAGUACUUUCGACAUUUCCGUAGAUUCAUUUAUGAAUUUAUGCCUAAUACCCCUCAUUGCUUCAAGGUUGUUUCAUUCCAAUCUUAUUCACUACCACUUACGGAUUUUCUUUACAAAAACACUAGAUUCAGAUUGAUAGGCACUUCAAUGGCGAAUGGACUUAUUUGCCACUAUAGUCCACAAAUGAAAUUAUUCAUCCUUGACAACGAUCAAGUUUCAUUAUGUGACGACCUAUACAAUAAACCAAUUACAUCGGCAUCAACAUUAUUACAUUUGAAAAAAGAUGCAAAAAAGGAAAAGCUUGUUGAAUUUGAUUGCAAUGAUGCAUCGUGCUUCAUUAACCCCGUGCCUCUGAAAACGAAUGAUUUUGCAUACACAAGAUCUGGACCCAAUUAUCCUCCAGAGUCAAGUAAGCAAGGACCCAUACCAUUUGACUUACCCCCAUUUGGAAUCUAUAAGGACUCUUCAAUGUAUUUAUCAAAUGAUAUGUUCAAUCUACCUAAAAAAUAUACUGAGAUUGGUAAAAUUGAUUUGUACCAGGAUAUUCAAGGCCAAAAUUCACAAGUUGAUCCAAUAUUAUCAAACAACUCCAAUAAUGCGCUGGACGCAUUAUCGAUACUGGAUGUUAACAGUACGUUUUCUGUAGAUACAGAUACAAUGGUAUUGACUGUGAUUUUGACUACAAUGAGAGAGGUUAACAUUAGAAAUAGUGGGAAAUCAAAUGCAACCCCUGGAUUUGGAAGUCACGGAACGAGUAUAAGUAGGAUGGGUGGGUUGGGCAUGUGGGGUAAUGGAAUUGCCGGAAUUACUAUUUGA